CUGUACAUAGGAACAGCUGUAACUUCUCCAAGAUGGCCAAGUACUCGGGAAAGAAGUGCCGCCUGCUCUCCAUGAUGUGGCUGACGGCAUUCUUUUUCUUUGUGGAAAUCAUCGUUGGAUAUGUGACAAACUCCAUGGCUUUGGUGGCCGACAGUUUUCAUAUGCUGGGUGACAUUGCCGCAUUGGUUAUAUCAUUUCUGUCAGUGAAGAUGUCACCGAAAAAGUGGUCGAAGAACACCUUUGGUUGGGCCCGUGCCGAGGUUCUGGGUGCUUUGGUCAAUGCCGUGUUUCUGGUGGCGCUCUGCUUCAGCAUCACCAUUGAGGCGUGCAAGCGAUUCAUUGAAAUGGAAGAGAUCCAUCAGCCCAAACUCCUGGUUAUUGUUGGUGUUCUGGGACUGCUCGUCAAUUUGAUUGGACUGUGCCUGCUAUAUGAGCAUGGCGGACACCAUGGACACUCGCAUGGCGGCGGUCUCACGCGCAAUCACAGCCGCCUCACCGAAUUGGCCAACAUGGACGAGGGCGAGGGCGAUGAUGAGCAGAAUGAUUAUGCCUACGAGAAGCAAAAGGAGAAGAAACAAAUUAAGAAAUCCAGCCAUGGCCACAGCCAUGAUCCUGGCUCGAUGAACAUGCGCGGCGCCUUCUUGCACGUACUCAGCGAUGCCCUGGGAAGCGUCAUUGUGGUCAUCAGCGCUGUUGUGGUGUGGACGACCAAAUGGGAGUAUCGCUACUACAUGGAUCCCGCUCUCUCGAUUGUGCUGGUGGUGCUCAUUCUGCACUCUGUGUGGCCAUUGUUGCGUGAAUCCGCCUUGAUUCUGCUGCAGACUGUGCCCACGCACAUCCAGGUGGAUGCCAUACAGAAGCGUCUGCUGGAGAAGGUCGAUGGAGUGCUGGCAGUGCACGAGUUUCAUGUGUGGCAGCUGGCAGGUGAUCGCAUCAUUGCCUCUGCACACAUACGCUGCCGCAAUCUGUCGGAGUACAUGAAAAUUGCCGAAAAGGUCAAGGAGUUCUUCCACAAUGAGGGCAUACAUUCCACCACCAUUCAGCCAGAGUUUAGCGAAAUCGAGGCCUGCAACAUGUCCGAUGGUACCUCCAGCAUCAACAUGAGCGGCUCCGAUUGCUGUGCCCUCGACUGUCCCACCACCGAUGAGGGCUGUGUCAAGGCCACUUGUUGCCAAAAUAACAAUAAAUUGAACCCACUGCCUUCACCCACCAAUUCGCCUUAUCUGUGUCGUCAGCGGAAUGCAGCUCGUCAGGCUGGCGAUGUGGAGGCUGGCUCGCUGCUGGAGGCGGCAACGUCCAAUGGGAACCCAGGCGCUGCGGCCGGGGAAGUUAGCGACUCCCUUGCCAUUGCGGCGACAUCAACGCCAAAGAGCGAAUUAGUCUGACAACAUCCAAAGCAAGCGCACCAGCAACAGCCGCAGCAACCGCAACCGCAACAUGUAGUACACUUUGCCACGACCAAGCCAACAGCAACAGCAAAAGAAAAAGAAAAAGCAACAAAAUCAGCCACAAAACCAAAAGCAAAAGCAACAGCAGCAGCAGCAAAAGCAGAAACAUCAUCAAUACGUGAUAUAAUGUGCGAGCCAACAAGCGCCAACAACAAAGUAGAAGUGGCUUCCAGCAGUGGGUGUGUCGUGGGUGGUGACGCCGGCGGGAACAAUCUGUCGUCGGUGACUGCCCAGCGUCGACGAGAGCUUCAGUUGCGCGCCGAACAACAGUUUGAGGAGCAGGUGACUGUGACGCCUCUGAGAAGCCGCAACGGCGAUGAGGUUGCCCUCUAAUUGGGAGCCCAAGCUGUUUAAUUAGUUAGUUAGGAGACUGGUGCUGCCAUGCCACUUGGUGCAGUAUUUUCUUGUGUUUCAGUGUUUUUGUAUCCAUUAUUUGUUCUUAGUAGAAUUUAGGCAUAAAUGAGAGAAGGAGUAUAGCAUAUAUUGAUAGACGAUAAAUGGAUAGACCAUAGGUGCAGUGCUGGCUGAUGAUUGUUUGCUAGUUUAAUUGAAAAAUCAAAUCAAAAGCAAAAACCACACAAUUGAAUGGGGGCAGCGAAAGUGUUUGUGGGGAGUUGUGCGUGCUGUUUUUAGGGGACAUAUUUCGUUUCAUUCAUUUUACUAUAUAUAGAGCAUACACACCUAUAGCAGCAUAUGUUAAUACCUAAUCGAAGAGUGUAGUUAAUUCAACAAAUAUAGUUAUUUAAGUUAAACAAAAAACAACAAAACAAAACAAAAAAGUAAACGUGAGCCCAACCAAACCAGAGAAAUACACAUAUGUACUACAGAUACGUUUUUUACAUUUUGAAAAGUUUAUACCGUCGCAAAAAAAAAACACAUGAAUUAUUGUAUUCAAUAUACAUAGUUAUAUAUAUAGUAGGGUAUAGUAGGUAUCCAUCUACGGCUUAGUGAAUGACUAAAAGACAGUUGUACUGUCUGUACGCGCACAUCCAUCGUAUGCAUUCGCAUAUGGCAUGGUAUGGUUAGGGAUUCGUUAGUUAGGGAUAGUGUCUCUUAUUCUUAGUAGUUGUAAUGCUAUUUGUAAAAAGAGUUUUUACCGCAACCCAAGAGAAACUAGUUUCUAUUUAAUUUUAAUCGUAUCGAAACUUUAUAAUGAAUAUACAUCAUGUAUUAUUUUAUGAUCUGCAUUCACUCGCAACGCAAGUGUGCAAUAUGUUUGUAAAUAAACGUCAAACAUAAUCGAUCAACGGA